AUGAACGACGGUCUAGCGUGUUCAAGUCAAAUGUCGUCGGAUUCAUCGUGGAUUAACGAUCCCACAGCUGCCGCAUCAGGCCGACUUUCUGAGCAGUCGUCGACGAAUCUCCAAAACGAUACGAUUCUGGAUGCAACACUGCUGGUCGAUGUUGUGCAAAUGGCUACAGUCAUAUCACCAAUCGCCAAAGUUAUUGAAUUGAAUGAGGUCUGCAGUGACUGGCAUUAUUGGUCAUCGAGAGCGCUACGCCACUGCGAUGAUCUACGAUUGGAGGUUCCAUGCGGGAAUGUUCAAGCGUUGACUGUACAAGGCUCUCUGAUGCGAUCUUCGCAUCAAGCAGUUAGUUGUGUGAACUAUCUGUUAUCUCGAGUGGAAUGUCUAAGACAGUUAACGAUAUGCUUUUUGGGACCAUCCGUUGAGAUGCUUAACGAUGUCCUGGAUGUACUGAUCAGUAGUGACAAGGUACAGUUGGAGAAAAUAACGGUCAGUGGACGACGUGGAGGUCUGCGUGUGGAACGAAUCGGUAGAUUGAUGAGUAAAUGUGCGAGCACGCUUCGAUUCGCUGGUAAAGUUGGUAUUUCGGAGUUUGAGGAAGCGUUGCAACGAGAUAUAAAUUUGAAUUUGGAGAGGUUAUCGUUGAACAAUUACGAUUUGUACGAUGAAAUGAACGGCAUGAGUCGUAUGAAUGAGGAGAUGUCUGAAGCUUUCUCGCGAAUCACCGCAACACAACAACCGAACAAACUCCGAAUAAGACAUCUGUCGCUGUCGGCUGUUGAAAGUCUGCGAAUAACGCAACAAACGGGAGGAUUGUUCGAGGGUGGAUCAACUAGACUGCCGUCAGCACCACUGCACAAUGUGACAUCGUUCGAGGUUGAUCAGUUCCCGAAUCGAUGCCAUACACCAUCCGAAAUACGUGUUGUAUUUCCUUCAAUCAAGCACCUCCUCAUCAAUUCGUCGCUCAUUCCGCUACGAGAUCUUGAACACGCUUUUGCGUAUGCAGCUGAAUGGUUGACAACUUUCGCCGAUAUCGACUUGGUAGGAGUGUUAACAGCCGAAGUAAAACACGACUGUGGUGAUCCACAAAAGGCCGAUAAAAUUCGAUGUCAUAUUGAGGAUUUGGAACGAUAUGGGGCUCGGAUUCGGGUGCAAUCAAACGAAAAUUUCAGCUAUCCAACACAUUUCAUAAUUUCGAAUAACGCUGAAACCUUCCGACUGUCGGUUUGUUGUUUAUGUGAUCUUUGGCUUCUGUCCGAUAUCACUGGUGUUCUAUGA